UAGAGACGUUAAAAAUGGAGGAACCAGCGCAGUUCGUACAGUUUCUACUGUGUUUAUUUCUUUUUAAUUGGAAUUCAUUUUCAUCUGCAAAUGACUCUGAAGAUUUUAAUGACAGACCUGAGUUUAAAAUUGAAGGAAAAGUAUUUGUAUCUUCUAGAGAUAAAGAAUGGACGUUGAAUUCCAGAGUAUUGGUUGACGGAGGAGAAUAUUUAGGUUUCGUCAGAACUGAUGGUACUUUUGUUGUACAUGGUGUUCCAUCUGGCUCCUACAUUGUUGAGAUCUCCAACCCAAAUUCUAUGUUUGAAGCACUUAGAGUUGACAUAACAUCAAAAGGAAAAAUACGUGCUCGCCGCGUCAAUUUUUUACAGCCUAAUCUUGUCAAGACAGUAAACUAUCCACUGGAGUUUAGAGAAAGAGGCCAACCAAGCUAUUUCCAAAAAAGAGAGCAGUGGAGACUCACAGAUUUCUUGUUUAAUCCCAUGGUGUUAACUAUGAUUGUGCCUCUACUGUUAAUUAUGGUAUUACCCAAGCUAAUGAAUGCAGCUGAUCCUGAUACUCAAAAGGGUGUAGUUAUAGCACAACAUACUAUCUCAAAGGAGUGUCCUGAAAUAGUACAAGAAUGUGCUGAUCAGUCUAGUCCAGAACUUUCUAAUUCUUUAUGGACGGAUACCACAUUAGCUAGUCACUUAUUUGAUGAAGACUCAACUCUUAGUGAAGUUUCUUUUUCAUCCCAUGAAGAUAAGCAGCCAGUAAAGAUAAAGCAGAGAAAUCCCAGUCCCUCUAAAAAACUAACCAGCUGCCUAGCUUUAGAUUGGAAGCGGUGUAGAGGCCUACACUACAGCAGAUCUACUUACCAUGAUAGCAAGAAACUUUUGCAUUCAGCAUCCAAAAAUUACAAACUUGUGCAUAAACUAAAGUCUGUUAGAAAGAACAUUGAUUUAACUUCUACCAUUUCACAACCAGCCAGCUCUCUGACAGAUACAAGUUCUUGCUAUAGUGAUAGUGGGCACAGGCUUGAAGUAGAAAGUAAAAAGCAUCACCUCAGAAGCUAUCCACAUGCUAAAAAUAGUAUGGCAGAUAAGAAAUUAACUAAGAAAGCUUUAUUAAAUCCACAUCCAACUGAAAAUUUUAUUGGUACCAGCUACAUAAGUGCAGCUAACAAAUUCUCAAAAGGUGAUAGUGAGAAACCAGGACAUGCUGUAAUUAGAGGGUCCGUGGUCAAACUUUCUAGAUCAGCUCUAAUCAAGAUAGCACUUAGUCAACUUGCUAGUUUAGAAGCUCAGUCUGCAUGCAUUGAAAAUAAACCAACUGAAGACCCAGUUUUGGUAUGUAAUUCCACUGGAAUACAGUUGGAAUUAAACAGAGAUCUGGAUCUCAGUGAUAACAUGCGGCAAUGUACAUCUACUGAUAGUUUGUUGGUAAAGGACAAGUCCAGGUAUAAAACCUGGUCUGCCAGCUCUCCAAAACAGAACACAGAUUAUGCAACACUUGCUACCUCGAGAUCUCCCAGUGGUCACUUCAAUAGUCUAGACAGUCAAUAUUGGACUGCAGAGGAAUCAUAAGUAACAUGAACUCAUGGGUGUCAACUGUUCUUUAAAAUUGCUAGGAAAUGUUUUUAAUGUUGAAGAUGAAAAGCAUCAGGAAAUGGAAAGAGAACUUUGUUACAAGUAAUAAAAAUAGACACUUGCAGGCUUUAUGGUUGUAUUUUCUGACAUCCAGGUUCAUGUGCUUUGCAUUUUAAUUUUCAACAAAAAGGAACUAUCUUUCACAUUUGCUGUAAUGAUUAAAUAUUAGAAAUUAUUAUAUAAUGGUCAAAUGUAUAAACUAAGCAUAACAAACAUCAAUAAACAGUGUGGAUAUAUAGCAAUAAUGUGGUGUUUGGCUUAAGGUAAACUCUGUGCUUUCUCUGACAUUCAUUCACUAAAGUGCAUUUGAAUUCAGUGUUUUCCACAUAUUUUUACAAAUUCUUUUGUUAAAAUUUGCAUUGUGUCUGAAAGUUAUGGGAAAGCACUGAAUUUGACCUACGCUCCAUUUAAAUUGCUAUGUUAAUCAAAUUAUAAGUGAAAAGGUAUUAAGUUAUACUGAAAUUAAAAGGCAGAGAAAGUACUGAUUUAUUUGUUAUUCAAUAUUUCUCUUCCCUUUAUAUUAUAUGACAUGAUGUUUUUCUAAUUUUAAUUUGCACUUGUAUUCAUUUGUUACAUCUUUCAUUUGUGAUUCUUAUAGCUGUUUAAAUCCUGAAAAUAAGAUAGCAGUCUUUAAUUUAAUUUCAAUACUUAUGAUAGGUGAUGCAUUUCUUUAACAGCUUUAUUUUAGCUUUUUUUUGUUUUGUUUUGCAUAUUUU